AUGGGUUCCGCGCCGCCUACCAAAGCCACUGAUGCGGUCCUCCUCUCUUCCGAGCCCGUACCGGAUGGUGUGUUACAAGUUAAGGGUAUCGACUGGGCGGCUCUGCCCGAUGAGCAGCGAGCGAUGAUCUCGAAUUUUGUUGACCAGCUUACCGGCCAAGGCUUUCAGUCCAGCUCAAUCGGCGACGCCAUUCGUAUCAUCAAUGACAUGAGAUCAUGGAGAGACCCCGAGACCGGUGACAGAACAACAAUCUUCCUCGGAUACACAUCCAACAUGAUAUCGUCGGGCCUGCGCGAAACAUUCCGCUAUCUAGUCCAGCACCGCCACGUGUCUGCCAUUGUGACUACCGCAGGCGGUGUUGAAGAAGACUUCAUCAAGUGUCUUGCACCCACAUAUGUGGGCUCGUUUUCUGCAUCCGGGGCUGCAUUGCGUGCGAAGGGCCUCAACCGUAUCGGCAAUUUGGUGGUGCCUAACAACAAUUACUGCUCAUUCGAGGAUUGGGUAAUCCCGAUUCUGGACAAGAUGCUGGCAGAACAAGAAGAGGGGUUUGCAAAGUCCGGCGAACGGUUCAUGUGGACGCCCAGCAAGAUCAUCCAUCGACUGGGCAAGGAGAUCAACGACGAGUCAUCCGUGUACUACUGGGCAUACAAGAAUGAUAUUCCGGUGUUCUGUCCGGCUCUGACAGACGGCAGUCUGGGCGACAUGAUCUACUUCCAUUCGUUCAAGGCUUCCCCGUUGCAGCUUGGCAUCGACAUUGCCCAGGAUAUUCGAAAGAUCAAUACCAUCGCUGUGCGCGCUAAACGAGCCGGAAUGAUCAUUCUGGGCGGUGGAGUAGUCAAGCAUCACAUUGCCAAUGCCUGUUUGAUGCGUAAUGGGGCCGAAAGUGCAGUCUAUAUCAACACGGCACAAGAAUUUGACGGGAGUGAUGCCGGUGCCAGGCCAGACGAGGCAGUGAGCUGGGGCAAGUAUGUCACUCCGCGGUUUUUCGAUCCCUGCCAUGGCCUAUUCUUUGCUGAAAGAGAAGUGGAGCGCUGA